AUGUCUGCACCCAUGACGGCUUAUCUUCCCGAAUUAGGCUUUUCUAAGCUCUCUCAUGCGAGCUACGCAGUUGCUUUGUUUUACAGGCCACCUGACACCGGGUACAUUGCCAUGGCAGAGCUGUGCGAUAAGAUCCGUGAUGUCUCUCGCCAGGUUUCAUGCUCAUCAUGGCGGAUGGUUAUACCGGAUGCGGAAGCCCAAUGA